AUGAGCGCUCCAUCGCUGCCAAUAUCGAGUGUUCCAGCUUCUUCUAAUGCGCCCGUAUCUUCCUCUACGACAGUAUCAUCACGUUCAAUUACAUCUAAUCAAGUACCAUCCACUUGUUCACCUUGUAGUACUGAUUCUUCACCACCUCAUGACGUUUAUAACGUCGAAGACGUCGUGGGACAAGAGCUGAUUCAAUGGCUUGAAGCAAAUGGAGCUGACUCAAAGAAAUUAACAUUACAGGAAUACGCACCUGAAGUACGUGGUGUACAUAGUCGUAAAGUACUUGUACCAGGAGAACGUAUCCUUGUGAUACCGAAAAAGUGUCUAGUGACAGUUGAAAUGGGUAAACAAACCGAUAUUGGCCGUAAACUCUUGGCUCGUAACGUUGAUUUUGUCGCACCAAAGCACAUUUAUCUCAUGAUGUUUCUUCUAACGGAUAUGGAACACAUGGAAACAUCUUUUUUUCGUAAUUAUUAUAGCACUUUACCCUCUACACUAAGUAACAUGCCAAUCUUUUGGUCCGAAGACGAAAUGAACUGGCUUAAGGGAUCCUAUAUUGUUCAACAGAUUCAAGAACGAAAGGCUGCAAUUCGAAAAGACUAUGACGUUAUUUGUCGAGUGGAUCCAUCAUUUGCUAGGUUCUCCCUCGAUCGCUUUAGCUGGGCACGGAUGAUCGUUUGCAGUCGCAAUUUUGGCUUGACAAUUGACGGCGUCAAGACAGCAGCGCUCGUUCCUUUUGCAGACAUGCUCAAUCACUAUCGUCCGCGUGAAACGAGUUGGACUUUUGAUCAAAGCAUUGACGCUUUUACCAUCACGUCGCUCGGCACGAUUGGCGCAGGCGCACAGGUUUACGACUCGUACGGCAAAAAAUGCAACCACCGCUUCUUGCUAAACUAUGGCUUUGCGGUCGAGGACAACACGGAGGAGGAUGGACGUAACCCGAAUGAGGUGCUCAUUGAUUUCCAGCUUCAACCUGCUGAUGGACAGCUCUACUAUGACAAGCGAGCAUAUCUGCAUGAAAGUGGCAUUUACACGAUGGAUGCGCGUCUUAGCUGCUCGCACUCCGAUGCCAACACACGCGAAGGAUUCAGUUUUGCUCGUUUGAUUGUUGCUACCGAGGAAGAAUUCACCUCGAUGAAGAUGAAAAGCCCGGCGCACUCAUCUCCGCCUAUUUCUUUCGAUAAUGAGAUUCGCGCGCUUCAGUAUUUACGCAACCUCAUGACCCACCAACUAAGUCUGUACGGUACAACUAUUGAAGAGGACAAUAAGCUUCUGGCCUCAAAGAAGUACCCACUGUUUUCCAACCGUAUCCAGGCCUUAUUCUUCAUUCGGGGUGAGAAGCAGGUGUGCCGCUACUUUCAGGAGCUUGCCGACAAGGUUAUCCCGCUAUUCAGUUUGCCGCUGGCAGAGUGUCGCGAGGAGUUGCAGCGCAGCUUUGAUGGCGACGGCGAUGCCGAUCGUUAUGCGCAAGAUGUGAUUGCCUAUUUAGUUACACAAGUUUAUCGCGAAAGCUAG